GAAGCAAUACCAAAGGUGGGGAUGAUUCUAUCAUAUAUAAGUUCUGAUGUUUCACAGUACAGUACGACACUCAUCUGUUUAACAUCUCAAACAAGCGUCUUAAUGGAUUGUCAGAUAUCAGAGCAGAUGGAGAACCCACCUAAUGCUUUAUCCCAAGGCAAACCUAAAUGCCCACCUCAAGACCCACCAAAAGGCAUACCAAAAUGCCCACCUCAAGAACCACAGAAAGGCCUACCUAGAUGCCCACCUCAAGACCCACCUAGACCUCUAGACCCACCGGAAGACAUACCUAAAUGCCCACCUCAAGAACCACAGAAAGGCCUACCUAGAUGCCCACCUCAAGACCCACCAAAAGGCAUACCAAAAUGCCCACCUCAAGAACCACAGAAAGGCCUACCUAGAUGCCCACCUCAAGACCCACCUAGACCUCUAGACCCACUGGAAGACAUACCUAAAUGCCCACCUCAAGAACAACAGAAAGGCCUACCUAGAUGCCCACCUCAAGACCCACCAAAAGGCAUACCAAAAUGCCCACCUCAAGAACCACAGAAAGGUCUACCUAGAUGCCCACCUCAAGACCCACCUAGACCUCUAGACCAACUGGAAGACAUACCUAAAUGCCCACCUCAAGAACCACAGAAAGGCCUACCUAGAUGCCCACCUCAAGACCCACCGGAAGACAUACCUAAAUGCCCACCUCAAGAACCACAGAAAGGCCUACCUAGAUGCCCACCUCAAGACCCACCAAAAGGCAUACCAAAAUGCCCACCUCAAGAACCACAGAAAGGUCUACCUAGAUGCCCACCUCAAGACCCACCUAGACCUCUAGACCCACUGGAAGACAUACCUAAAUUCCCACCUCAAGAACAACAGAAAGGCCUACCUAGAUGCCCACCUCAAGACCCACCAAAAGGCAUACCAAAAUGCCCACCUCAAGAACCACAGAAAGGCCUACCUAGAUGCCCACCUCAAGACCCACCUAGACCUCUAGACCCACUGGAAGACAUACCUAAAUGCCCACCUCAAGAACCACAGAAAGGCCUACCUAGAUGCCCACCUCAAGACCCACCAAAAGGCAUACCAAAAUGCCCACCUCAAGAACCACAGAAAGGCCUACCUAGAUGCCCACCUCAAGACCCACCUAGACCUCUAGACCCACUGGAAGACAUACCUAAAUGCCCACCUCAAGAACAACAGAAAGGCCUACCUAGAUGCCCACCUCAAGACCCACCAAAAGGCAUACCAAAAUGCCCACCUCAAGAACCACAGACAGGCCUACCUAGAUGCCCACCUCAAGACCCACCAAAAGGCAUACCAAAAUGCCCACCUCAAGAACCACAGAAAGGCCUACCUAGAUGCCCACCUCAAGACCCACCUAGACCUCUAGACCCACUGCAAGACAUACCCAAAUGCCCACCUCAAGAACCACAGAAAGGCCUACCUAGAUGCCCACCUCAAGACCCACCUAGACCUCUAGACCCACUGGAAGACAUACCUAAAUGCCCACCAAAAGGUAUACCCAAAUGCCCACCUCAAGACCCACCGAAGGGAAUACCCAAAUGCCCACCUCAAGACCCACCGAAAGGAAUACCCAAAUGCCCACCUCAAGACCCACCGAAAGGAAUACCCAAAUGCCCACCUCAAGACCCACCGAAGGGAAUACCCAAAUGCCCACCUCAGGACCCACCGAAAGGAAUACCCAAAUGCCCACCUCAGGACCCACCGAAAGGAAUACCCAAAUGCCCACCUGAAGACCAAACGAAAGCUCCACCUCAGUGUAGCCAAGUAAAGAAUGUGAAACUGUAAAGAAAUUUCACAGAAACAAAAAAUAAUUUAUAUAUUUUCUUUCUUUACGGGGAACCUAAACCCAAACAGUAACACUGAUAUUAUUUAGUUAAAAACAGCUUUAUGACUUCUACUAUACUUAAUAUUUGGCAAAUAAUGUACUUGUUUACUUUAAAAUAAAUCAAAUUAAAACCAUGGUACAAACUAAGGUAGCCUAUAAUGAAAUCUGUGUACAAUCUUUAUAUCUGUACUCCUUUUGGGAAGGUUUCAGACCAGCAGUCGGACUUAAUUCUGUAGAAAACCUUUCACUGUCUGAAAAUUUUACAUUGUAACAUUCAAAUGUUAUAUAUUAAACACAAUCACACAUCCAAUUAUGUCAAGACUUCAU